AUGACUCAGAACUACCAGCAUAUCCUGGCCUUGGUCUUUGCCAUAAAGGAAAUCAAUGAAGAUCCCCAUAUCCUACCCAAUAUUACCCUUGGAUUCCAUAUCUAUGAUAGUCAUUUCAAUACCAGGUGGGCCUUUCGUUCUGCAAUGCAACUUAUUUCUCCAAAGAAGCAUUUUCUCCCCAAUUACCACUGUGGCAGUAAAGCCAAUCUUCUUACAGUGCUUGAAGGGCUUGAUAUUGAAUCCUCUCAUUAUAUACCACACAUUUUCAGCAUCUACAAGAUUCCUCAGAUCUCCUAUGGCUCUGCUCCAAUGAGUAUGGAUCAUACCCAAUCUCCUUACUUUUACCAAAUGGUUCCAAAUGAAGCCCAUCAGUGCAGGGAAAUUCUUGAAUUGCUUCUCAUUUUCAGGUGGACCUGGAUUGGAUUUUUCAUGGCAACUGGAAUUAACUCAGAAUGGAUUUUUCAAGUUAUGGUUCCAGAAUUUGCCACUCGUGGCAUUUGUUUUGCUUUUAUAGAUACAGUCUACAAUGUAGGCAUGGUUAUGGAAUUUGGAAGUAUAAAAAAAUGGGCAUUUAAAAUAUGGAAUAGAAUCAUGACUAGCACAGCCAACGUAUUUCUCCUGUUUGGUGAUCUUCGCACUCUCGUGGUUGUGGCCUGGUUGCUUUCUGUUGAACAAGAUAGUGAUAUAACAAACAAUAUAAAGGGUAAAGUGUGGAUUUUGACUGUUCAGUUAGAGCUUAAAAACUACAAUGAUACAAAGGAACUGAGAAUUUCUAAGCGGGUCUACCAUGGUGCUUUAUCCUUGGCUGUCCAUUCCAACGAGCUGCCAGGAUUUCAGGAAUUUAUUCAGGAUAGGAAGCCUUCCAAUGCAAAAGAAGAUUACUUCAUAAGGGACUUUUGGUCUUAUAGUUUUGGCUGCACCUUCCCCAACUGGGUUGUGAAACAUGAAAAUAGUGGUCUCUGUUCUGGACUAGAGAGACUGGAGAAUGUUCCUGAAAAAAACUUUGAAAAAUCCAUCACUGGAAAUAGCUACAGCAUCUAUAAUGCUGCUUUUGUGGUGGCUCAUGCUUUGCAUGCCAUGCAUUCCUUCAGAUUCAAGUACAAAAGAAUGAUGGAGAAGGAGGAAUGGACAUUUCUGACUCCCAAGUUAUGGGAGAUAUUUCAUUUUCUGAAACAAGUAUCUUUCAACAAUAGCGUAGGGGAUAAAGUUUCCUUUGACCAGAAUGGUGUGUUUCUAACAGCACUUGAUGUCAUUAAUUGGGUUUUACUUUUAAACUACUCUUUUACUAGAGUAAAAGUUGGAAUAAUCAAUUCUCAAAUUCCAGAUGAUCAAAAAGUUAUCAUUAAUGAAAAUUCCAUUCUGUGGCACCAUUGGUUUAACCAGGUGCAACCAGUUUCUAUUUGUAAUGAAAAGUGCCAACCUGGUUUCAGAAAACAAAAGAAGGAAGGAGAGCCAUUCUGCUGCUAUGAUUGCAUUCCCUGUCCAGAAGGCAAGAUUUCUCAGUGGGGAGAUAUGCCUGACUGUACUGAGUGCAGAGACGACCUUUAUCCAAACAAAUAUCAGAAUGUUUGCAUCUCCAAAAUUGUAACCUUUUUAUCUUAUAAAGAACCUAUGGGGAUUGGUUUAGCAACUGCAGCUCUUUUGCUGGCUCUUAUCACUGCUGUUUUGCUAAAAACAUUUGUACUGUAUCACGACACUCCCAUUGUCAAAGCCAAUAAUCGAGACCUCACUUACAUUCUUCUCAUCUCUCUUCUACUCUGCUUCCUUUCUACUUUGCUUUUUAUUGGGCAACCUCAGAAAGUGAUAUGUGUUCUGCAGCAAUCAGUUUUUGGCAUUGUCUUUUCAGUGGCUGUCUCUUCAGUAUUGGCCAAAACCAUCACUGUGGUUCUGGCAUUCAUGGCCACCCAACCAGGAACAAAGAGGACUAGAUGGAUGGGGAAAGGACUGGCCUGUUCCAUUGUUAUUUCUUGUUCUCUUAUUCAAGUAGCCAUUUGUACCGUGUGGCUGUCAACCAGUCCUCCAUUCCCAGAUGCUAAUAUGCACUCAGGAAUCGGUGAAAUUACCCUCCAAUGUAAUGAGGCAUCACCUGCCAUGUUUUACAGUGUGAUUGGGUACAUGGGCUUUUUAGCCAUUGCCAGCUUCAUUGUGGCUUUCUUUGCCAGGAAUUUACCUGACAGUUUCAAUGAGGCCAAAUUCAUCACUUUCAGCAUGUUAGUGUUUUGUAGUGUGUGGUUGUCAUUUGUCCCAACCUACCUAAGCACCAAAGGAAAAUACAUGGUUGCUGUGGAGAUUUUCUCUAUUUUAGCUUCCAGUGCUGGAUUGCUGAGUUUUAUAUUUUUCCCCAAAUGGUACAUCAUUGUUGUGAGGCCUGAACUGAACAACAAAGAUAAUCUUAAAUGGAGGAACCACUAA